AUGAAUGUGACAGAGAGUACGUAUAAUACUACCAUUGUACUUAUGGAGGCUGCACCCUAUUUAAAUCAGAGUAUGCAUACCCUCCUACCGGGGUCUUCUCAUGCAGCAAUCUUCAUUAACACUCCUUAUCAAGUACUGUUGUCACUGAAGGCUGCCAUAGCCAUGCAAUUCCAUGUAGCUAAAAGUUCGGUGGAAGAUUACCCAAGUUUCCAUGCCCUACUGGAUUCUGUGGAAUUCUUUUGCAGUAGACAGGCUAUCCUAUGCUUAGCCACGGCAUUGAUUAUAAACAAGUUCAUAACUGGAUUCAUAGUUUUUAGAGGACGGAACCCACGUCUCUUUAGUAUGAAAGCCUGGUAUAACCCAUUGCUCCAUCUUUCUUCCAUUGCUAUAUUAUCAUAUUAUCUUAUCAGACCAUUAAGGAAAGAUUUCCAGAAUCCAGAACUUUAUAUGAGAUUAGAUGUAACUUCAUUUAUUUUUGCAUGGUCACUUUUAACAGAAUCCAUACUUUCGUUAAGUUUUGAUAGGACACCUUUAGAAAGUUCCGAUGCCACAUUGUUUGAAUUAUGUCUUUAUAUGUUUAUAUUAAAGCAACAGGGAGAAAAUCAUGUUUCGGCCCCAUUAGCAUUGGACUGUAUGCUUACAAUGGCAAAUAGACUUCUGAUACACACUCUAGAGUUUUUUCAAUGUAGAAAAUAUAGACUUUUAGGAAGUACUAUUACCAGUUUAACACAUCUUUUUUUUACGGUGAGAAGAGUAUAUCUUUAUAAGGGUGAUAUGACCAAGUUAUCCACAUUUACUACUUAUUUCCCCAGAUUUUUUUUUGUAUGCGUGAUAUUAACUUCUCUAUUAUGCUAUCUUUUGGCAAUCAUUGUCAGAUUUGAUGGUUCAUUUGAACAUAUUAAAGAUUUAGAGGCUUUUUCUUUUAUGGAUCAUUUGAUUUCGCAUUUAAAUUGUACAGGUGAGGAAGAUUUCACACUGGUGGCUGGAAAAUUGGCUACUAUGCUAUGUGUUGGGAUAUCAUCAAAAGAUGGUAAAUUGAAUGCGGAGUUUAGCCCAUUAAUUGUUCCUGAUAAGAUUAAUACCAAAUUUAUGAAUAAUGGAUACUCAAAUAGAAUUAAAGAGGUGGUUGAUUAUGAUGAAACAACAUCAACUGCAAAGAAGAUGAAUGGAUUUACAUCGAAACACUUAUUGCCAGAAAUAUUUGGUCUUCACCAUCUUUACAAUUUCCUUGAUAUUAUAAGAAACUACAGAAGGAACAAAUUAAGCCAUAGAAUUGCGAAUCAACCCGAUAUAACAGGGGAAUCGAGAAUAAUAAUUGACAAACCUGGAACCGUGGAACAAGAGAUGGAUGAUGACCAACUUAAUUUUAAUGAAAACGGAGAAGAAGAUAGCGACACCUAUGAUUACGAAUAUAAUGACACUAAUAUGCAUGACUCAUAUAGUGAUAGUUCAGAAUCUGAAUUUGAAUUUGAACAAGAGAUUGAAGACGUUGUUGAGAAUAAUGAACUAAUUGAUAUGUGUACAACCAUGAAUAAUGAUGAUAUGGACUGGAUGACUCAUUUGCUACCCAUCUUAAAGUAUCAUUACGAGACAGGUACAGUGGCAACAAGGUCAAUGUAUCAAAGGGAUCAUAAUUCAAAUCACGUUAAACACAAUACCUGCAUAAACGCAACAUCUACUGAUGAUCCUGUAACUUCUGAUGAUGACGAUGAUAUAGCGGACCUUUCAUGUGUUGUUUGUAAGAUAAAUCCAAGAAAUGUGGUUCUAUGGCCGUGUCGAUGCUUCGCAUUAUGUAAUGAUUGUAGAGUUUCAUUAGCUGUUCGUGAUUACAAGAAAUGUGUUUGUUGCAGAGCUGAUGUUCAUGGAUUUACCUCCGUGAAAGUACAAAAUGAAAAAUCAUAA